AUCAUAGAGUUAGGCUCGCUUCAGAAAGGGAGCGGAAAUGUUCUUCCCCGGAUGGUUUAGUGAGUCGGGUCGCCAGUGCUAGAGCGGCAGGAACGAGAGAUUGGUGUGAAUAGCAGAAAAGGCAGCCAUGGGUCGCAAGAAAGUUUAUCGCCCGAUUGCGGCCAUGGCCAAGAAGAUCCGCGAGUAUCGGGCCCUGAAGAACAGGCCUCGAGACUCUCAGCGCUAUGCAGUGGACUAUGAGACAAUGACCAGAGCUUUCACAGGCAAACGUCUUCCCGUCCUGGCCUGGGAGGAUGUGAGGAAUGAGAACCGACUUUUUACCCUGCUCAGCCGGCUGCACCUCUUUGGAGUUGGGCGUAUGGUCACACGCAAAUCCUGGAUAUGGCAGUAUGAUGAACCUUGUUAUUGGGUCAUCACCAAAGUGAGGGUGGAUUACACAGCCGAGAAUAUGGAUCAUGGAAAAGCAUGGGGGUACUUGACAUUUCGAGGCAAAACAGAAAGUGAUGUGAAAGAAAUUGAGAAGGUCAUGUAUCACGACUGGCGCAUGGUACCAAAGCACGAGGAGGAGGCCUUUAAGAAAUUUACACCAGUGGAGGUGGAAACCAUUCGCUACGUCCUCUACCCACCGCUCCUACGGGCCAUGGUCCUGGCUCAGAGGCAGAAGGAGGGGAUCCUGAGCGCAGAUGAGCCCAUGCUUGAUCUGAAACGAAAAGCUUUCUUCCGAAGUGAAUACUUUGCAAAUUCUGAACAGCAAGCAAAUUCUGAGCAGCAAGUUGAAGGGACACCAGUGUGAGGACCUUACAGAGCUUUCUUCGUUCUUCCUAGUUCUUUAUAUUUAUUUUUGAUUUUAGGAAAAUUACACUUGGAGGGCAUUUGGAUAUCUUUAAUUUAGAAUAGAUUGUAAUAAAUGUCAGAGUUCAGAAAUGUUCCUCACUGCAUUUAUUCUUUGAAUUAUCCCUUUUCGACCCUCUCUGUACCUUGCCAGAUGGGACAAUCCACACAUACAGGCCAGCGCCCCAUCUCUAAUUCCCCAAUGCCAGGCAUAUUUACUUUGAAGUAAGACCCAUUGAUUUCAGUGGCACUUACCUCUAGAGUAGGCAAUCAUUGUUCCAAUUAUAACUCAAUUUCAAGGGACAUCAUUUUGUUUCCAGCAUCUUAAUGAUCAGUAGUUUUGCAGCUGC